GGACAAGCUAUGGUAGCCUGUAGCCUACAGGCUGUAGGUUAACCUCUUAGCUAUGCCUUGCGUACCUUGCCAUUUUAUUUCCAUAUUUACUCGGCUCCCAGGUUGUACCGAACGCUAUCGACUUUUUUUUCCCUCCCCGUCUUCUACAUUUAAUACUCCUUGUUUUUUUUUUCUUACGAUCUUCUUACCAGGUAUUCACGAACUUCAAUGCCAAUGCUUCAUUCGUCCUAUGCCUAGUUUUUAUAAGCUUCUCAAAAUAUAUUACUGCUCGUACCUAGCUUUGUACCUUUGAUGAGUUUCCUACUUUGGUCUAUUUCUAUUUCUGAAAGGAUUUGGGUGGUUUACCAAAAGCUGGGAUAUGCCGACUCCAUUAGCGCUCUCCCUGCCGGCGGCAGCGGCGGGGCUUGCAUAUUUCAAUGCUAAGACGGGACUCUGGUAUGACAGAAUUAUGCUACGCGGCACUAUUCCAGCUAUCUACCGAGUUAUCAGUCGGGGUCGAAAUGAUCGUUGUAAUAUAUUUUACACUCUGGAGGAUGCCGCCAAAAAUACGGCAACCAGCAAUCACCCGUUUAUCCUCUUUCAAGAUAAGUCAUGGACGUACGCCGAGGUUUACGAAAUGGCGUUGAGGUACGGGAACUGGUUCAAGACUAAGUUCGGCGUCAAACCAAAGGAUAUCGUCGCCGUUGAUCUUCAAAACUCGGUCCACUUCAUCUUCAUCAGCUUCGGCUUGUGGUCCAUCGGCGCAAAGCCCGCGUAUAUCAACUACAACCUGACCGAUCAACCCCUGAUCCACUGUGUCAAGACGGCGAAUUCUGUUCUCAUGCUAGUCGAUCCCGAGGUUGCGGUGAAUAUCGACGAUAACGUCCGUGAGAGUCUGGGAGGUCUCCGAAUUGAGUACUUAACGGAGGAGGUAAAAGCUGAAGCUCUCGCCGCCGAGCCCGCAAGGCCGUCCGACUCUCUCCGCUCCGGCGAAGCAGCUAAAGAUAUCGCCAUCCUCAUCUAUACUUCUGGUACGACGGGCUUACCGAAAGCCGCCAUUGUGUCUUGGAAAAAGCUGAUCCUGGCGGGAUCUUUCAUCGGUGGCUACUUGGGGACGAAGCAGUCCGACGUGUUCUACACGUGCAUGCCCCUUUAUCACGGUUCAGCUACGAUUAUGGGCAUGAGCCAUUGCCUAGAAAGCCGUUGCACAUUCGCGAUAGGCAAGAAAUUUUCAACAAAGACGUUCUGGAAGGAAGCCCGCCAGCACAAGGCAACCAUGAUUCAAUACGUGGGAGAGACGUGCCGCUAUCUGCUCGCAGCACGGCCGCAGAUCGACCCAGCCACGGGCGAGAACCUAGAUAAGAAGCACAACAUCCGCGUAGCAUUCGGCAACGGCCUGCGACCAGAUAUUUGGGAGAGAUUCAGAGAGCGUUUCGAUAUCGAAAGCAUCGCCGAGUUUUACGCGGCGACGGAAGGUAAUCUGGCGACGUGGAACCUAUCCCGUAAUGAUUUCGCGUCGGGGGCCAUCGGGCGUUUUGGAAUCCUCUAUCGACAGAUAGCCAAGCUCACGUCCGCGAUCGUACGGCAAGAUCUCGACACGGAUAGUCCCUGGCGCGACCCCAAGACAGGUCUCUGCCGGCAUGUGGACCACGGCGAAGUCGGCGAGCUAUUGAUGGCCUUGCCAGCCGACACAGAAAGCGACUUUCAAGGAUAUUAUAACAACAAUGAGGCGACGGAGAAGAAGAUCCUCCGGGACGUAUUUAAGAAGGGCGACGGAUAUUUUAGGACGGGCGACCUUGUCAGCCUAGACAGCGAGGGUCGGAUGUUCUUCCACGACAGAAUCGGGGACACGUUCCGCUGGAAGAGCGAGAACGUAGCGACCACAGAAGUGAGCGAGGCGCUGGGUACGCAUCCGGCGGUGCAGGAGGCCAACGUGUAUGGCGUGCAGCUGCCAAAUCAUGAUGGAAGGGCGGGAUGUGCCGCCAUUAUGCUCGCCGAAGCUCCCGACGAUGCAUUGCUACGGUCGUUGGCGGAGCACGCACGCAACAAACUGCCCAAGUAUGCCGUACCUCUGUUCCUCAGAAUAGGAAAGGGGCUUACGGCGGCGGUUACGGGGACGAAUAAGCAGCAGAAGCACGGUCUACGCGAGCAGGGAGUCAACCCAGCCUUAGUUGGUGAUGAUGAGCUAUUCUGGCUCCAAGACGGGACGUAUGUGAAAUUUAGAAAGAGUGACUGGGAACGAUUGAACGCCGGCCAGGUGAAACUUUGAAGCUAGAGGUAAUGGUAAUUUUACGAGACACGAUGUUCAAGCCUACGAAUAUACUAAUAAUAACAACCUUGCUCUGUAGUAGAAAUGUCUCUUGUCGUGGAUAGUUGUGUCUCUUGAUGUCCUAUUGCAUCAGGUACUUCAUAGGUCGCUUAGGUACUAAUCAGCACGCUAAUGCACCUGAACAUGCAUAAAA